ACACCAUAGUGACUGCGAUCCUAAACCUAAAACCUUCGUCGCAGUUCGUCAUCGCUCUGAGCCUCUCUUACCAUCAAGUGCCCAUAAACUCUAAAUCCCCAAACAAUAAGCCCUAAAAGUUAAAACGUCCGACCCCAUUUCAAUCCAUAAACCGAUAACCAAAGUAAGAAGCAUAAUUUGAAGAUGCAACACGAUGAGGUUAUAUGGCAGGUCAUCAGACACAACCACUGCAGUUUCAUGACCAAAAUCACGACGGGGAAUUUCUGCCGGAACCCGUAUAAUGUUACCGGUCUUUGUAAUCGGAGCUCUUGCCCUCUCGCCAACAGUCGUUACGCAACAAUUCAAGAGGAUGAAAAGGGAUUCUUCUAUUUAUAUAUGAAAACUAUAGAAAGGGCUCAUAUGCCAAACAAUUUGUGGGAAAGAGUUAUAUUGCCGAGAAAUUAUGAGAAGGCCUUUGAAAAGAUUGAUGAACAUUUGAUGUACUGGCCUAAGUUACUUGUACACAAAAUAAAACAACGAUUGACAAAAAUGACACAGAUGCGGAUACGCAUGAGGAAACUUGCUCUGAAAACAAGGGAAAAGAUAAUGACAACGCCUAGGAAAGAGAAAAAAAGAGAGGCCAGGAGAGAGGAAAAAGCUGAAAAAGCAGCAGUUUUGGAUAAGAGUAUUGAAAAGGAAUUGCUUGAACGCCUUAAGAAGGGAGUUUAUGGUGACAUAUAUAAUUACCCUGUAGAAGAAUACAAUAAAGUUCUUGACAUGGAAGGACUUGAGGCUGCCAGUGAAGACGAAGAUGAGGAGGAGCCUGAGAUAGAAUAUGUUGAAGGCUAUGAAGAACUUGAAGAGGAAGAUGAUAUGGAAGAUUUUGGAGGUCUUGCGAUUGAUGAGUCGCCCGCUGAUGAUGAUAAUGAUGACGAAGAGACAGUAACAAUUCACCAGAAGAGAGUGAGAAGAGAUUCUGCUUUAGCUCUAAGAAAGCUCGAGAAAGAUGACGCAGGUGCCAAAUUGAAUAAGAGAGCAAGGGUUCUUGUUGAGGUUGAGCAUGAAGAUACUAAUGAAAGACAAACAGCAGCUCAAUAAGAGACUGUAUGUUGUAUCUGUAGAGCAGAUGGCGGCAAUUAUCUUCUAAUAUAUGCAUGAGGUAGACUGUGGGCUUCACUUUCUCUCAGAACACGCGUGGGAAAGAACAAAGGAAAGACAUUUUAGUGUUUAUCAUUUCGAUUUUAGUCCAAAGAUACUGUUCUGUUAAAAUUUGAUUUUUAUCGAAGCCUUUUCAUUUCUGUUUCUCUUACCCUUAUAGAACUCAUUCGUUUAUCCCCUCCCUGUCUCUGCCGUCUUCAUCACAGCGCGUGCUGAUCCCUACUUACUCUUGAUAGCAGCAACAAAACAACAAUGCAGUUUUUUACCUUGUAUAAUUAUAUAUCGUGUGUGUGCAGUUACAUUGCAGUUUUUUGCAUGUGUACCUGAAAAAUCUCACAGGUAAUCAUAUUUUCGUAUUUUAUUUUUUUC